AUGGCUUCGGAUGCUGCGUUUCUGCUUCCCGGUAUUCAUGACGACGCUGCGUUGAUGUGCCUGGCGAUGCUGCCACGUGGGUGCUACGGCGUCUUAAAGUGCGUCAAUCGUCGCUGGAAGGCAGCUUUAGAAGACGAGCAUCUCUACAGUCUCAGGGAAGAAUUGCAACGCCAGGAGACCUGGGUGUACAUCAAUGUGUACCACCACCCUCCCCCUUCCACCACCACCGCUUCCCCCUCCUCUUCCCACUCUUCCUUUCGAGGAGGCAAGCCACCCAGCCAAAUUCGUGUGGACUCACUCUACGCCUUCUCGCCUAUUCUUGAUCGAUGGUUUCGGUUAAGCGAAAGUUCAUCUCCCCGCUCCUCUCGCCGCAUCAAGACAGUAGCAGUGAAGCACAAGCAGUAUAUCUUCGGAGAUGGCCUUGUUAUCCGUGACGCUAUCACUGGCGUGUGCACACGUGGUCCCCAGUUGCCAUCGGAUGCUUUCCUCAACAUGCAACUGGCAGCUUCUGAUUCGCAUGUUGUCCUUGUCAGCACAACACCACAGGUCAUAUCUGGAAUUUUUGAUAGCUUUGGAGAUGUUGUUGCGCAUGUGCUGGCGGUGGAUGAAGCAGGCAUGCCGCAUGGAGAUUGGAAGCAACUUCCUCGACGCCGUUGGAUGGGCGUAAUCUCUCUGCUUGCCCACGAGGGAGGUCUCUGGCACCUGAUUGGUCGAGAGGCACAAUUAGGAGGGGGGGAGAGGCACAUGGUAUCAUUUGACCCGUAUACACAGCAAUGGAUAGAGAUGCGUGCUGCUCUUCUUGAUGGUCAUACUCGUGUGAGUAGCCCUGGGGAAGGGCGGGGGGGUUGCCACAAGCAGCUGUUGUGGCAAGCAGCUGCUGCGUGUGAAGCAUUGAGGCGCGGCCGGCCGAGACUGAGGCGAUCCUUGCUUGUUCUCCAAGGGAAGGACUUGAAGGUGGAGAUGAGGCGUUUGUUGACGCCUGCGCGUUUGGCUAUCGAUGACAGCGGACGAGAGCCAGGUGGGGAAAAGGAAGGGAAGGAAAGUGCGAAGGUGGGACUUGUGGUCAAUGAAGAGAAUGUGGUGAGGUUGAUGGCAUCGGGUGGGACAGGGAUGUUCAGAAUCAUUGGCGACCAGAUGAUGAUAAUUCCUGUGUCUGCGUGUGGCGGAUUCUUGACGGGGGCUGCUGGUUGCGAAGGGCUGGAUGCUGGUAUCGGUGCUGCUGAUGCAUGUGGCACUUUUGAAAGCAAGCCACCCAGCCAAAUUCGUGUGGACUCACUCUACGCGUUCUCGCCUAUUCUCAACAGAUGGUUUCGGUUAAGUGAAACGAUAUCUUCCCGCGCCUCUCGCUUCGUCAAGACAGUAGUAGUGAAGCACAAGCAGUACAUUUUCGGAGAUGAUCUUAUUAUCCGUGACGCUGUCACUGGCGCCUGCAAACGUGCACCACAGUUACCGUCUGGUGCUCACCUCAACAUCCAGCUGGCAGCGUCUGAUUCGCAUGUUGUCUUCGUCAGCGCCUCACCACAGAUCGUAUUUGGAGAAUCCAAUAGUCCUGGAGAUGUCUUUGUGCACGUACUGGCGGUGAGUGCUGAUGGUAUGGCGACAUUGUUAUGCUUAUGCUGGUGGAUGAAGCAGGCAUGCCACAUGGAGAGUGGCAGAAACUUCCUCCACGCAGGUGGACGGGCAUUGUCUCUCUGCUUGCCCAUGAGGGAGGUCUCUGGCACCUGA